GAGCUCACUUCAUACUGUUAUUGACGCGUCGCCACGCACAUGGCUCCGCUCAGGAUAUGAACGAGAGAUGGACACACGAUCGCUCCGGUUGUGGUGAAGCCAUAAUGGGUUAAACGGAGAGACCUGAAUGUUUAUUUUUUCAGAAACCAACUACCUUGUGGCUACCAUAUCAUGAGUGAGAAUAACUACUGGGGACAGCAUGACUUCGGCAGAGUGUGCUUGGACCUGCCGAGUGGCGACGUGCAACAUAGCCUGACCGAGCUGUGGCCGCUGCAGCAAAUGGACAAAGAAUGCAACUCUAACCUCUUCCUACCAAAGUCUCCAUGCUACUCUGAUUCCUACUGCCUCCCAUUGGACAAGACACUUCGACCUCAUGAAGGAGACCAGGUGGUGCCUCAUUGUUCUUCCCACAGAUGGACAGUGUUUUGGGGUCCGCAGAGGGAAGCCAAACCUUUGCCGCCAUUACCUGACCCUGAGGAGCUCAUGACGGACGAGGCAGCGGAUAAUGAAGUGGAGUUCUUCACCAGCGAGCGACAGCCUCUCUUGCCCAAAAGCUGCCCUAAGAUGGUGUGCGGGAACCGAGGUCAAGUAAAUCCCACCUAUCAACGGGCGUCGUCGCAGUCCGGGAAUGUCCCCUUGGCGUUUUCCUGGCCUGGCAGAGAUGACAAAUUAACAGGCAGAGGGGGUGACCUUGGAGCCAAUGACUGUCUUCCUGUUCCUCUGGCAGAGAACCACCAGGAUUCGUCGUGUAGUAGACAUCCAGACUAUAAACUCAACUGGUUCUCCUCUACCAUCCCCUCAGAGAAACCCCAAAUUCCUCCUCGUAUCCCGAUCCCGCCGAAACCCCCCCUCAAGACUGCGGGUGGUGAGGAGAAGCCGCCCAAAAUCCCUCCGAGAGUUCCUCUAGUACCCCCCUGCCCACCACGUUCCCCGAGCCCUAAAAGCCUCCCGAUUUACAUCAACGGCGUGAUGCCGGCCACCCAGAGUUUUGCUGCUAACCCGGAAUAUGUGAGCAAGUCACAGCUGAGCGAGAGGGCGCCCCCUGCAGCUCUGUUUCCUCCCUGCAUCGUUCCUAUUUUAAAGGACGGCAGACAGGCCAGCGCCACGCACUACAUCCUCCUUCCGCCACGCCAAAAGACAUUCACGGACAGACGAGGGCGACUCUUGAGUGAACCCGCCAGGAUAGGAAAUGAAUGGCAGAACCGUUAAAACAAAUGACAAUUGGGCUGAUUUACUUAAGGUUAGCGUGUGCAAACUUGAUGUGGAAGGUAAUCUGCUAACCUGACGCAGCCAGGAUUGCAUCUGCCAAAUGAGUAAAAUAGUCGUGCAAUUUGGGUAGAAAUGCACAAAACACUGAGUAUAUGCAAAUAGAUUAAUUUAACACACAAUGUGAUGUAUCAAAUGUGAGAAAUGCAGUGGCUGAUUUUGCAUCGUUAAAUACCACGUCUGGAAGGCAGGUGUAAACUGGUUUUGUGGUGAGGGGGCGGCAUAAGCAAAAUGAGAGACAAUUGGGAGAACAGAUCUUUUCCGCUCAUGUUAGCAUUUUCUAAAUGCCAGAAACAAAAAGGAGCAAAACCAUAGUCUAUUCAGUAAUGCAAUUUUGGAGUUUUUGAAUGAUUUAACGGGUGACUUGGAGCGAGUCUCAUGUUGGAGUUAUGCCAUAUCACCGAUGGCAAAAUUCCUUUCAGCUGCGCAUUUCUGUGUCUCUCGGUCAUUUCUGCGCACUAUAGCAAUUGGUGCUGGCUUCUCCAAGAGCAGUUUUCUGGUUCUGUCCCAAUUUUAAAUGUUAUCUCAUUUAGGAUGGGUAAAUCCAAUUCCCAUGCAAAACAUGGCUUCGCUGCGGUUGCUAGCUUCCCAAUGUUAUCGGAAUGAUAGAUCUCAGACAAUGAGUUUAUAUAACGCAGUCAUAACCACACACAGAAGGUGCAAGCACUCUGAUUCAAAAGAGGUUGUCACAAACAUUGUGGUGAAAUUUCCUAGGUUAGUUUGCCUCUUCCACUGACACUUCCAAUUCCAUCACUUCAAACUCCCAAACUUUUGAUAAAAACCUUCAGAGCUACCUGUAGCGCAAAACUCUCAUUUAAAGUGGGUGGUCUCCACCACUUUUACGUUCCCAACUUCUUCGUGGAUUAUGCGCAACAUGCCCCCCAACAGUGCGCAGAAUUGUUUUUACCACUGUUUGUGAGCCUAGUAGAUUAGGCCCUGUCUUAAAAUGAAGUAGUUACUCACAUCAUCCCUUUAGGUUUGAACCUUCUUGCUGUACCGUAAUGUUGGGGGGAUAGUGUUGAUGCCAGUAACAGCGCGGCACUGUGGAACCCUCCAAAUAGCUAGCCCUGACCUCCAUUCUUGCCACUGAAACUUUCUAGAUGGAUGUUGACGAAUCAACAGACUGACUUCACCCUUUAGGUCAGUGAUUCCCAACCUUUAUUGAGACAAGGCAGAUAUUUUACAUUUGUAAAACCUCACGGCACACCAACAAACAAAAAUGUCACCAAAAGUGGAUACGCAAGUCAAUUAUACACUUUGUGCCAUCUCAUAAAAGAGCAUUUAUUUGUUCUGUCUGUCUUUAUAAGCCGCUGGCGUAGAUAGAUGAACAAAGAGACAUUCUUUUUUGUAAAUAAAGAAUAUUCUGACCAAUUAAGUGAAACUUGAUAAUUUCCCGCGGCACGCUAGAAGAGCUCUCACGACUCACUGUGCCACAGCACACUGGUUGGGAAUCACUGCUUAGGUAAUGUACCCACUAUUAUUAAUACAAUGCCUAAAGGGAAUGGUGUGGUAUUAUACCCUGACAUUUGGUCAUACAUUGUUCCGCUUUUCGGGGCCUCCCGUGACUGGCAAAUAUGUAGAGGUUUACCAUUGACAAUAGAUGCCACAAGAUGGUGGCAAAGCAUUACUUUUCUAUUAGACAGGGCUUUGGUCUGACUAAGCUCGCCUCACUUCAACAUAGUUCCUUGGCACCAAGAUGCCACAAGAUAGUGCCAAAACAUGCCUUAAACGUUUUUAUUUUCUCAGAAAAUAUUACCAGAUCAUUUUGAAUCAAGAAUAUUUAUUUCACAUUUUUCAAAUGGAUUUGAAGCGCACACAGACAGUGGGAUAUUUCCUAAAACAAGAAUGGUUGACUGAUGUGACAAGAUCAAGCAAACAAGCUACAUUCGCACGCCUUAUUUUUCAAGAGUUGGAUGUAUUUUUUCAGAAUAUUUGUUAACACGGCACUGUGAGUUUGUUGUUUCUAACAUUUUGCCAGUGAGUAUUACACCACAGUAUUUGCUCCGGGACAACCUGGAAAUCCUCUUAACAUUCCAGUAUUCUCUCUCGAGUUGUAGGAUUUAGUUGCCAUGUGGUUCCCGACGAACUUGCUUCGGGGACAAUAUUUUAUUCCAGUAGUCUGUAAUAUUCCAAUGACAAAACAUGCUGCAACCCAAGCAGAGCAAAUACUAAAAUAUAUAUAAUAAACUUGGUUGUGAGCAAAUAAUUAUUGUAUAAACAAGCUGGGCUUGUGUCAGACUUAUCAUUCCAUAUUAUUUCUUCAAGAUGCUGCUUUGAAUCAAAAAUGUGAUUUAAAAAAAAAUAUAUAUAGAAUCAUUAUUACUGACAGUUGAU